AUGUUUACACAGAGCGUCAUGGCAUGGCUACAGGUCCCCGGACCGGACCGCCAAGACCUAGUGACCCUACCGUACGGCGAGUCAGCCAAUGACAUGAUCCUGCACAUGCUACGCGCCUCGCUGGCCAUCGCUACAACCCCAGACACGUUGUACUCGGGCCUGAUACUGACAUGCCUGGGUAUCAGCAACAACCAACUACAAGUGCUAGGCGAACAGGCACAAGAGGGUGCACAGGAGACAGCGCAGAAGGGGAUGUCGCGUGCAGUUGCGUUUGUCAUCAGCGAGAAGCUCGAGCAGGUGGUGACGGACAGUAUGAAGCUGGAGAACGCUGGAGCCACAGCACUGGAGACAGAGAAGAAGCGCAAGUGGGGGUGGAAAAAGUACCUGGCCACAGGCGCCGGUGUUGCCAUUGCUGGCACACUAGUUGGUGUGACUGCCGGGAUUGGCAGCUCCCCUGAUCCUGGUGGCGCAGCCAUGGUUGGAUCACUACUAGGCCGGUUCAACACGCGGCUGCGCGGUCUACACGAGUUCUACUUUAUGCAGUUGCGUGCCGUCAACGGGGAUGCGACGCACUCCGGCGCCCUACAUGCAACAAUAUUCGUGCCGGGGUUCUUACAGGCCGGUGCUACACGCAGCCCGUUUGCGCCCAUAGGCGACGUCAUGGGACUAGAUGUCGGUGACGCCUACACGCUGUACUUUGAGACCAAGGAAUUGAUGGAGCUGGAAAACGCCGUGUCACAAUUUGUCGAGAACACAGCCAAGGGUGCUGCGACGACGCUGGUGCUGCAGCAGACGGUUCUGCAUGUCCUGGUGGGCGCGUUUACGUGGCCACUGGCGAUCCUGAAGGUUAGCCAGAUCAUUGACACGCCUUGGUCUGUUGGUCUGGUGCGGGCCAGGCGCGCCGGCAAGAUGAUGGCCGAGGUCUUGCAGAAGCGUGCACACGGCAAUCGCCCGGUGACUCUUGUUGGGUACUCGCUUGGUGCUCUGGCGAUUUUCACCUGCCUCCAGGAGCUGCACAAGCACAAGGCACACGGGAUUGUCGACACUGUCGUGCUGCUGGGUAUGCCGGCAGAUGGGUCUGACAAGAAGGCAUGGUCUGCAUGCUGCCAUGCCGUGGCCCGCAGAGUCAUCGUCGGGUACUCGAACAAGGACUGGAUCCUGGCCUUCUUGCUGCGCUGCCAGCUCGGGUCGACUCCGGAAAAGCUAUCACAAAUGUGGAUCUGUCUGGCUAUAGUCGCCCGGCACCUCGACUACCUCUAUUCUAUCGACGAUAUCAUGCUUGAAAUGUCGCGUGUACUGUAA